AUGAAUUUUAUUUAUUACCUUUUACCUAUUACGGGUCUACUAGAAAUUGCGUGGUCUGCUUCGCCCAACGACGCCGGAAGCUCCGAAAGGGAAAGUUACGAAGGUUUGGGAUACGACGAAGGCAAUGAUCUCCUCUUCGAGCCCAAUGAUGUCGGUCGUGAUACGGGCAACGACUUUCUCGGCGGGGGCUUCAGCGACCAAACCACCCACGCGUCUUCCUUCAGUUCGGCAAAUCUAUCCCUGAAUGAGCAAGGAGGCAACCUUCAUAUCCCGCCGGAGGUUGUACCUGGCGACGACAGCCGUUCUGGUCAGGACGAGGUCGCUUCUCCGAAUGACGAUGCUAAUGCGGGCCUGGACGACGGUGAUCUAGUCCAGUAUCUGAGUGAGGGAGCUGAAUACUAUGAGUUUGCCGCUACAGGCACCCCAAACUCUAUCAGCGCCAACCAGAACUCUAUCAGCAUCAACAACUCUAUCAGCAGCGACAACACUGUCAGCAGCGAUGAUACUGUCAACAACGACAGAGCCAACUUUGGUGUCGAUCACAGCGAGUUGUCCAUCUGCCAUGAGGAAGUCAGCCAAAUCCCUGAUUCAGGCAAUCCCGUUAGAGAUACCUCUGUUGAAUCCGAUCCUUUCGCCGACGAACAAGGCUUUGAUAUGCCCUUUGCCUCCCAGCUUCCUUCCAACGGCGUGGAAGUGGGUUCUAGCCCAGAACAGUUGGGCACCAACACCCAGAACCCACUUGAGAUCUCUGACAACGACGUUGAGGAUGGCUUCAAUGACCCGCACAUGCCCGGUUCACCUGCAGACAAAAACUAUCCAUCAACCACAGCCACAAGGCCCACAUCCCGGACUUUCGACUUCCAUAACACCGAGGCACCAGUCUACGUCUCUCAUGUCGAAGUCGAGCUUGUCGUCCCUGCUCCCCGCAAGGCCAUUAUCCCUGUGGUGGCCUUGUGCUGCUACAUUGGUGGCGGGCCGACUCCCAACGUCCUUGACGAGAAGUGCGUCGAGAAAGGCAGAGUCCAGAGGGCUAGACGUGCGGCGGCGGCGGCCGCCGAGGCAAACGGAGGACAAUCCGACGCCCAGCAGGACGAUAUGACCAAUGGAGAGGCCAGUUUGGCAGAUGAAGGUCAUCGCGAGGCUCAAGUUGGGGCCGCCGGUUUGGAUGCUCCGUCUACCGUCUCCCAAAACAAGAGAGGCGCUUCGACUAUGGCGGGCAACGAAGAUGUUGGCGACUGGAGGCCACAAGCACGCUGGCAUACCUGCUCGGGGAUAAUUUCAUGUCUUUGGAGCAGAAGAGACGUCAUCGGUGUCUCCUGUGAGAUCGAUGAUCCCACCGAGGUCGAGGAUGAUGAGGACUUCUGGUGA